AUACAUGGGACACACAGACAAUUAAAGACUAGAAUAGACACUACUUCAAGUCCCAAGAUUUGUGAAGGAAGAAUUGGAUCAAGGAGCCUGAAGACCAUGGAGGGAGACUGUCUGAGCUGCAUGAAGUACCUGAUGUUUCUUUUCAAUUUCUUUAUAUUUCUGGGAGGAGCGUGCCUGCUGGGAGUCGGGAUCUGGGUCAUUGUGGAUCCCACAGGUUUUCGAGAGAUAGUGGCUGCCAACCCUCUGCUCUUCACAGGAGCGUACAUCAUGCUGGCUAUGGGAGCGAUGCUCUUUCUGCUGGGUUUUCUCGGCUGCUGUGGUGCCAUCCGUGAGAAUAAAUGCCUCCUGCUUUUUUUCUUCAUGUUUAUUUUGUUAAUCUUCCUGGCGGAGCUUUCAGCUGCAAUCCUGGCUUUUAUCUUCAGAGAAAAUCUGACCAGAGAGUUUUUCACCAAGGAGCUGAAGAAGCAUUACCUGAGGAACAAUGACACGGACGUCUUCUCUUCCACCUGGAACUCUGUUAUGAUCACAUUUGCCUGCUGUGGAGUGAAUGGACCAGAAGAUUUCGAAGCUAUCACUCAUCUUCCAUACUCCUCUCUGGAAAAGGUGAUACCGGAGGCUUGUUGCCAGCGAGAGCUCCAGAGCCGGGAAGGGAGGUUUGUCAACAAGGAGGCCUGCCUCACAGGCGUCGAGAGGUUUCAGAACAGACAGGGCUGCUACACUGUGAUCCUGAACUCCUUUGAGACCUACGUGUACCUUGCAGGAGCCCUUGCCAUCGGAGUGUUGGCCAUUGAGCUGUUUGCCAUGAUUUUUGCCAUGUGUCUCUUUCGAGGGAUCCAGUAGGAGGUGGCCCGUGAACCACCACGUUCCCCACGUACUCAG